GCUGGCCAGUGUAAGAUGGCGGCGGCGCUGGCGGCGGCAGCGGACGGGGCGGCCGGGCCUGGGACCGUCGGAGCAGCCGCUGGCGGAAGGAUGACCCGAGGCGGGGAGCGGGCCGCCGAGCCCCGCCGGCUCCCGUGCUUGUAACCGCCCCGCGGACACCCCCCCCCGACCGACCCGCCCUCCAGUGACCCGACAGACGCGUUAUCUCAGGACCCAGCCUGGCCCGCCCGCAGGGAUAGGAGGAGGAGGAGGCUGGCCACAAUAAACAUCAUUCAAGAUGUCCAGCAAAGGGAGCAGCGCAGAUGGCAAAACAGACUUAGCCAAUGGAAGCCUGUCUAGCAGUCCAGAGGAGAUGUCUGGCGCUGAGGAGGGGAGGGAGACAUCCUCAGGCAUUGAAGUGGAAGCCUCGGACCUGAGCUUGAGCUUGACUGGGGAUGAUGGUGGCCCCAAUCGCAUCAGCACAGGAAGUCGGGGUACAGAUACAGAGAGCUCAGGUGAAGACAAGGACUCUGACAGCAUGGAGGACACUGGCCAUUACUCCAUCAAUGAUGAAAACCAAGUCCAUGACCGCUCAGAGGAAGAAGAAGAAGAAGAGGAGGAGGAGGAAGAGCAUCCUCGGCGCCGUGUCCAGCGGAAGCGGGCCAACCGUGACCAGGACUCGUCAGAUGAUGAGCGGGCCCUGGAGGACUGGGUGUCUUCAGAGACAUCCGCCCUGCCCCGACCUCGCUGGCAAGCCCUUCCUGCCCUGCGGGAGCGGGAGCUGGGUUCCAGUGCCCGUUUUGUAUACGAGGCUUGUGGAGCAAGAGUCUUUGUGCAGCGUUUCCGCCUACAGCAUGGGCUUGAGGGCCAUACUGGUUGUGUCAACACCCUGCACUUUAACCAGCGCGGCACCUGGCUGGCCAGUGGCAGCGAUGACCUGAAAGUGGUGGUUUGGGACUGGGUGCGGCGGCAGCCAGUACUGGACUUUGAGAGCGGCCACAAAAGCAAUGUCUUCCAGGCCAAGUUCCUUCCUAACAGUGGUGAUUCCACCCUGGCCAUGUGUGCCCGUGAUGGGCAGGUGCGGGUAGCAGAGCUAUCUGCUACACAGUGUUGCAAGAAUACGAAGCGUGUGGCCCAACACAAGGGAGCGUCCCACAAGUUGGCCCUGGAACCGGACUCUCCCUGUACGUUUCUGUCCGCAGGUGAAGAUGCAGUUGUCUUCACCAUUGACCUCAGACAAGACCGGCCAGCUUCGAAACUGGUGGUGACAAAAGAAAAGGAGAAGAAAGUGGGGCUGUAUACGAUCUAUGUGAAUCCUGCCAAUACCCACCAGUUUGCAGUGGGUGGACGAGAUCAGUUUGUAAGGAUUUACGACCAGAGGAAGAUUGAUGAGAACGAGAACAAUGGAGUGCUCAAGAAAUUCUGUCCUCAUCACCUGGUGAACAGUGAGUCCAAAGCAAACAUCACCUGUCUUGUGUACAGCCACGACGGCACAGAGCUCCUGGCCAGCUACAAUGACGAAGACAUUUACCUCUUCAACUCCUCUCACAGCGAUGGGGCCCAGUAUGUGAAGAGAUACAAGGGCCACAGGAAUAAUGCCACAGUAAAAGGCGUCAAUUUCUAUGGCCCCAAGAGUGAGUUUGUGGUGAGCGGCAGUGACUGCGGGCACAUCUUCCUUUGGGAGAAGUCCUCCUGCCAGAUCGUUCAGUUCAUGGAGGGGGACAAGGGAGGCGUGGUGAACUGUCUCGAGCCCCACCCUCACCUGCCAGUGCUGGCAACCAGUGGCCUUGACCAUGACGUCAAGAUCUGGGCGCCCACAGCUGAAACUUCCACUGAACUGACAGGGCUGAAGGACGUGAUUAAGAAGAACAAGCGGGAGCGGGAUGAAGAUAGCUUGCACCACACCGACCUGUUUGAUAGCCACAUGCUCUGGUUCCUCAUGCAUCACCUGAGACAGAGACGCCACCACCGGCGCUGGCGAGAACCUGGGGUUGGGGCCACAGAUGCGGACUCCGACGAGUCUCCCAGCUCCUCCGACACCUCGGACGAGGAGGAGGGCCCCGACCGGGUGCAGUGCAUGCCGUCCUGAGGCCUCGUACCCAGGAAGGGCGGGCUGGGGCUGCCAACCCGAUCCUGCCUGGGCAGCCCUUUCCUGUCCCAGGCCCUUACAUUCAGCAGACACGCACUUUGGACUUUUUGCUUUAGAUGAAAAAGACAGACAUCCCAGGAGAAAGACCAGAGGGGGAGUGAACCUGCGGAGUAGCUCGGAGUGGGAGCAGGCCCCGGGGUGGGCUGCAUGGAGAGGCACAGAGAGCUCAGCAGAAAUGGCCUCUCCCCAAAGCCUUGUUUUUUGGGAGGGGGGAGCCUAUUUUGUUAACUGGUUUGGGGUAGGGAAUGGGGUUUCCUUUUCUUUAAUCUCCCUGUUUCUCGGGUGGGGGGUGGGGGUGACUGGCUGUUCAGGACCCAUGGGCCACAGUGGGGGCGGUACAAGUGCCACUCUCUCUUUGGUUUAGGUUUUUGGCCUUUUUCUUCUUUAUUUUUUAAAAGUCUGUGACAGUUGCAUUGUUUUUUUCCCCCCUGAACAACCCCAACCCUGGAUCCUGUUUUUUCCGGGAGGUCCUUAGAGCCCCUAACCAUCCCACACUCUUCACUUUCCUUUCCACCCGCUCGUCCUCUGUACUUCCCACAGUGUUUCACAUUUGAUGAGGUGUCCUUCCCGCUCUUCUCUCCGUCGUCCCGUCACCCCAACUAGGCCUGGUGAGGGAGGCUGGGGGAGAGGGGAAGGGGGGCAGAGGCGGAGGAGGAAUCCGAAGGACGUGUUACCUCUUCUGUUAAUGUUAAGAAAAAGUUGUUUGGUGGCAGCGAUCUCCUUGCCCUGUCACUGUUAGAGGCCUAAUUUUAUAUCUAUAAAUAUAUUAAAAAGCAAGUCAAACUUGGAUGUAUCACGUUAAAAUUAUUGUCCGUUUAAAUACCUAUAUAUCCUCUAUGACUGCAAUAAAGGGAUGAGAGCGGAUCGUGAGUUCACGGUCACACCGGGGUCAGCCCGCCCUCUGUACGCGGCCCUUGGAGGUCGGGGCAAGCCCCUUGGGCUUUCGGAGGCUCUAGAAUGGAAGGGUCCUCAGCUCUGCCCUGCCCUGCUUCCUGCCACAGCUUCGGGGCUGGGAAAACCGGAAACUCCUUUCAGUCCUUUGCCUCGGGUCUCCCACCUCUCCUCCCGGUGGUGUUCCGGGGCGGUCUCAGGGCCUCUGGUCCGCAGAGGCCGGCGUCUCUCGCGCCUGACUGAACUGACUGCAGGCGGUCUCUCCCGCUGUGUGCGGCGGGGACACGGGGACACACGCCCUCGGCGGCAGCUGCUUGAUUCUUGAAGCCCCCACCUCACCGCAGCAGCUCCUCUCCUGGUGGAAGAGCGAAGUAGAGAAGGCCCUCCUGGGUCGGCCGCUGGAGCUUGUCCGCCUCUGACAUCUUGCGAUUGAGGGACACGUCGUUGGAGGAUGAAGAUGGCUGGGGCUUGGACGCCCGUCCCGUCACCGGUCACGGAUACGGAAGUCCUAGUUGAAUUCUUGCCCUAUUGCUUGUGCUGCUAUUUCUUUGCCCCCCCACCAGAAACUCUGCACCCUGGGGCAGCCCGAUUCUACUAGAAUAAGCCAGGGAGGAAGGGAACAGUGAAAGGAUGGAAUUCCAGACACUCCUUCCUUCUGCCCCUUUCUUAGCCACGGUCAGACCAGCUGUGAGCUGCUGCACUUGCCCCGAGGUAGGGGCUGUGUGGUGACUGAGUGGUCUGUGUUCCUGUUGCUGGGGGGGCGACGGAGUGGCCUGAAAACCACGCAUUCUGGACUUUGUUGUGUAUUUUCUCUCAGUAAAGCUUUUUUUUUCUUCUUCUU